UACAAACCAUUGCAUAAAAACAUUUUAUUAUUGCAAUGAAAUUCAGGAAGUGUAUUUUAAGUGAGAAAAGGAUUUUGCAUUGCAUGUGAAACUGAUAUCAUGAAUUUGCAUGCCUCAACAAGUUGUAAGAAGUGAUUUGUAGUUGUAUUUGUGGUAUGAACGAUAGUUUGUAAGGAAACCACUAGUUCAGCCUACAUUAACGAAGAUUUGGAUCAAGAAAUUCUUCGAUGAAUUCUCAAGGGGAAGAAAGGCCGCAGUCUCCUGGACUUGAGGCCGUGAUUCAGAAGCUAGAAGACUCCCUCCUGGAUGUCAGUGCAGAAGAGAGGGCACUCACCAUUUGGGGGGAAGAACUGGGUUCCACCGCUGCACCAGUCCCUGUGCGCAUCCGACAGAUUGUCACCAGAAACCUGAGCGACUCUCCCGCAGCAACCAGCAUGGGUGGAGCUGAGGUUUCAGUACAGGAGGAGAACCGGGCCCUCAAAGACCUGCUGUCCCAGACUCGAGCUGACCGUGACCAGCUGCUUGUCAAGCAGGCGGCCCUCACAGACAGGCUGGAGCAGAUGCUGGUCCUGCAAUCCGGUGACUCAGAUCAGGAGAGUGUGAGUGCAGAGCGCCGGCUACGUGAGGAGGCUCGCUCCUACCGCCUCAAACUGCAGAGCUACCAGGAGAGCCAGCACAGACAGGCUCAGCUGGUGCAGAAGCUACAGGCCAAGGUCCUGCAAUAUAAGAAGCGCUGUGGGGAGCUGGAGGAGCAGGUUCUGCAGAAGACUUCCGAGUCAGAGAAACUGCGCCUGUCUCUACAGACCCACCUGGACUCCUCUGCCCAGCGGCUCCAGCGCACCGAACAGGAGCACGGACGCGACCUCCAGAGCAAGCAGGGCCUACUGGAGGAAGAACAGAAAAGGUGCUCGGGCCUGAGCCAGGUGAACGCGCUGCUCCGCCAGCAGCUGGAGCAGGCGGCCGCCGCCAACCAGGGCCUGAGCGAGAGCCUGCGCCGGGCCCGCCUGGACGCCGAGCACAAGGACACGCGACUACGCAGGGAGCAGGAGACGAGUGCCUCCAGACUGGGCCGUGAGCAGGCGCGUGUGCGGGCGCUGUGGCGCCAGGCCGCCUCCCUCCGCAGCACCUUCACCCAGCUCAGGGCCUUCACUGACAGGAACCUCGCUGACAUGCGGACAGAGUGUGUUAGCACCGGGCGCCAGCUGCGAGCUGCCUGCCUGAGCCUGGAGGUGAGCGUGAGUCAGCAGAGCGCCCCCUCUGGUGUGGAGGUGUCGGUGCUGGAGAGGCAGCUCCGGGAGAAGUUGCUGGAGGCCAUGCAGCUGCAGGCGCGCUGGGACGCCGAGAAGGUGGAGCUCAACUCCAGGAUCCUAGAGCUGACAGACAUGGUGAAGCAUCUAAGGGGACAGAACAGUGAGAAAGAGUCCAGCAUGGCCUCUAUGCAGUCUAGUCUGGACCGAAUGGAGUUGAGUCGGGCUGAGGAGCGUGAGGAGAGGGACUGUCUGCUGAGUGAGGUCCAGGCCCUGCAGCACGUUCUACACAGCAUCAGCCAGGUGGCGCGUGGGGAUGGCGAUGGCGCCACGUUGGAGAGCUCUAAACAGGAAGCAGACGGCCGCUCUCUCGCCCUGUCUCCCCUGCGAGGCGUCUCCCCCCAGAGGGACGGCACGCUGCUGGUGGUCCAGAGGGCCCUGACCCAGCGGCACACUCAAGUUCAGGACCUGCGUGUGCGUCUGGAGGCAGCGCUGGAGCAGGCGGGCACCCUGCGGGCGCAGCUGCAGGAGGGUGAGCUGGAGCGACGCGAGAUGGAGCUCAGGGGCCAGGAGCUGCAGCAGGACAGCCUGCAGAUGGACAGGGCCUUGGAGGAGAGCCGGCGGGACGCCCAGAGGUUCCGCAGCUCACUGGACAUCAUCAGCAGUGAGAAGGAGGGUUUGGAGCAGCUGGUCUCUGGGUUGCGGGAGCAGCUGGACUCCCAGCGGUCCGAGCUGGAGGCGGGGCGCCUGCUGCUGCUGGACACACAGAGGCAACGGGACCUGCUCAGGCAGCAGAGGGAGGACCUGGAGACGCAACUGGGCCGCCAGCGCGCCGAGGCAGAGAGAGGCCAGAGGCUGGCGGAGCAGCUGGAGGAGAGGCACUCGGAGCUGCGGAAGGAGCUGGUGGGCCUGAAGGAGACGCUGUGCCAGCUCACCCUGCACAAGGAGGUGCUGGAGGACGAGAAGGCCAGCCUAGCUCAGGCCAUCAGUAAGUUGGAAGCCCAAAAUGCUGAGCAGGAAGUGUCGAUCACCAGACUGCAAAGUGAGGAGGCAGGGCUGCGUGACUCCCUGGCCAAGAUGGCCGCCCUGAGUGAAGGCCUAGCCAAAGACAAAGUGGAGCUCAAUCGCAUUCUACUGCAGACGGAAGCAGAGAAGGCAUCCCUGGACGAGCGUCGGCGGGAGGCGGAGCUCGAGCGGGCGACGGCUCGUGAGGAGGCGGGGCGUCUGCAGCAGGAGCUCCGGGAUGUGGAGGUGGAGCAGCGAGCACUGGGGGUGUCAGAGGGGCAGCUGCGGGAGGCCCGGGGCAGUCUGGAGGCCCAACUCAGCCUGCUGGUCAAGGAGAAGAACCACGCACAGGAGCUGCACGUACAGGUGAGUGCUCAGCGGCAGGCCAUGUCGGAGCAGCUGUGUGCGGUGCAGAGGGAGCUGGAGGCCCAGAGAGGAGCCAUGGAGCGGGCAGGCCGCGAAAGAGACGAGCUGGCCAAGGACAAGGCCAGCCUGGGGGUCCAGCUCAGCACAGCACUGCGCAAAGCCUCUGGCCUCGCCCAGGAGCUGGCCACCCUCAGGGCUGAGAAGGAGGCCCUGGAGACAGCUCUGUUUGAGGGUCAGGAGCUGGCCUGUGCUCUGGAAGGUGACUGCAGUCGCCUGGAGGGAGAGCGGCGCAGUCUGGUGCUGGCCAACGAGGCCCUGACCCGUGAGGAGGCGUUGAGCUCACGCGAGGCCACUGAGAGGAGUCUGGGAGAGCAGCUGAAGGAGCUCAACCAGCAGAGGGAGGAGGCGCAGCAGGAGUUGUCUGGGUUGAGGCGCUCUCUGCAGGAGGCGGAGGAGUCCCGUGACGCGGGGCGAAGGGAUCUGAUCGAGGCCCAUCGGCAGCUGCGGGAAUGCGCCGGUGAGAGGGACGCCCAGCGGCAGGAGGCCCUGGAGCUCCGAAGGGCGCUGGGCGACGCAGGCCGCGAGAAGGAGGCCGUCCACACCUCCAACCAGGAGCUGCGUGCCACGGUGAAGAGGGCCGAGAACGACAACAACAGUCUGAAGCGGUCGCUGGAGGAGAAGGAGCAGAGGCUGUCCGUGCUGGAGGAGUGUAAGUCCUCCCACCAGCAGGAGGCGAGCAAGCUAAGGGCCACGCUGCGCGAGCUGGAGCGCUCCCGUCUGCAGGCGCGCCGGGAGCUGCAGGAGCUGCGCAGACAGGUGAAGAGCCUGGAGGGGGAGGUGUCGAGUCGGAGCAAGGAGCUGGGGGAGCUGCAAGCGCGCGUGGCCCAGGAGGAGCAGCGUGAGGAGGAGGCUCGCAGGGAGGCCUUCAGCCUCCGACAGAGGCUCCUGGAGAGCGAGGCCGGCCGAGAGGCAGCCAUCAAGGAGUCCUCAGUGCUGCAGCGGCGAGUUGCUGAGCAGGAGGAGGCGGAGGCGGCCGCCAGGGAAGCGCAGCACCAGCGCGACGCCGCCCUCCAGGAGAGCCAGCGGCGGCAGCGCGAGGAGACGGCCCGUCUGGAGGAGGCCCUGCGGGAGGCCCAGGCCCAGGCCCGGGAGCAGGGCCUGAGGGCCAGCCUGGCCGAGGGGCAGGCCAGGGGCCUGGAAGAGCAACUGGCCCAGGGGGAAGUUGCCCGCCGUGGGCUGGAGCACAGGCUGGCCGGCCUGGAGUCGGCCCUGAGGAGGACGCUGGGGAUCGGGCGCUCCGGGCGGUCACCCACCCGGGGGGCCAGAGGGCGGAGCCCCUCUCCUUGGAGAAAUCGCUCUCCUGUGAAAGACGGUGAGGGUGGGCCGGAGGGACUGACACCCAGUGGCUCUCCGGGCCGCUCUCUGUCCCCUGGCCGUGGGGGGGACGAGGAGCUGGACCUGGACACUCUGCACACGGCCCUGCACAGCUUCCAGCGGGAGCUCAGGGACACGCAGAGGGACAGGGAUGAGGCCUAUACACAGGUGCUGAGUUUGACUCGUCAGGUGAGUGAGCUCCAAGCAGCUCAGGACAAAGCCAAUGGCAGACUACAGCAGCUCCACAAAAACCUGAGAGAUGCAGAGCAGGGGAGGCGCGAGGUGACUGAGAGGCUGGAGGGGGUGCAGACAUCCCUGGCUCUCCAGGAGGAGGUGAGCCGGCGUGGGGAGAGAGAGAGGAGGAGUCUGGGAGAGGAAGUGACCACGCUGAGGAGCAGCCUGCAGGCAGCGGAGGCCGAGGCCCAGAGACUACAGGAGAAGCUGGAGCGCAGCGAGGCGUCCGAGUCCCGUGGGGAGGUGGAGCGGCGGCAGCUGAAGGAGGCGUGCGAGCAUGCGGAGGCGCGGGCCGGCCGCCUGGAGGUGUCCCAGCGCUCCCUGGAGGGCGAGGUGCAGAGGGGAGGCGUGCGCGCGGCCGAGCUAGAGGCCGAGGUGGCCGGCCUGCAGGAGCGCCUGGCCAGCCUGCGCAGGGAGCUGGGGGAAAGCGAGGAGAGGGGCGCCCUGCUCAGGCUGGAGGUGGAGCGUCUGGCGGCGUGUCUGGGUCGGGCGGAGCAGCAGGACUCCCAGCUGCGGGAGAGGCUGCAGGGCGCGACGGUCCAGCUGAGCGAGAGCAGCGCCAGUGCCGGAGCCGCCCAGGAGCAGGCCGCCCAGCUGCAGAGGGCGCUGACCGCCAGCGAGCACGACCGCCGCAUGCUGCAGGAGAGGCUGGAUAAGAUGCGUGAGGCGUUGUCCGAGAGCAAGAAGCAGAACCACGUGCUGACGGAGCGUGCCCAGAACCUCCAGAGAGCCCAGGAGGACAGUGAGCUGCGUGCGGCAGAGCUGGACAAGCAGGCGCGGGCACUGCAGGAGGCCCUGAGACAGAGGCAGGAGGGGGAGCAGGAGGCCCUGGAGGACUCCAGGCAGCUUCAGAAAGACAAGGGGGACCUCCAGGGACGCGUGGCUAGCCUGCAGGCCUCGCUCCAGAGGCUGGAGGCCGAGAAGGCCGACCUGGAGAGAGGGAUGAGCCGCCUGGGCAAAGGCAAGGCCUCGCUGAGGAAGACCCUGGAGAAGGUGGAACAUGACAGGAGGCGGCUGGAGGAGGAGACUCUGUCUUUGAGCCGUGAGAGGGAGCAUCUGGAGCAGACCACACACACCCUGCAGGAGGAGCUCACUGAUGCCCACACACACACUCACACACUACAGGCUCAGAUUUCGCACCUGGAGCACUCGCAGUCCCAGAGACUGCUGGAGGUGACGGUGCGGCACCGUCAGGAGCUGGACCAGGAGACGGAGCGCCUGCGCGGGUCCCAGCUGCAGACCGAGCGGGCACUGGAGGCCCGAGAGAAGGCCCACCGCCAGAGAGUCCGCUGCCUGGAGGAACAGGUGUGCACACUGAAGGAGCAGCUGGAGCAGGAGAUGCGGAGGCGGCAGGCCUACGUUAGCCAGCUGUUGAGACCUGGGGCCUGACCUCCACCACGCACACACACACACACACACACACACCUACACACACACACACACACACACUGAUUCAAUGACUGGACAAUCACACUCCCAGAGAGCCUCAGAGGUCAUGGUCACACGGUAGCCUACUAUUGUGUUGCUGCUUCAACAGACACCCGGCCCCUUAGUAGGACUUCCAGAAGCUAAGCACAUUUCUCCAGUUCAAAUUGAAGUCAAGUAGUUUAUUGGCAUGCGUAUGUUACACAGAAUCCACAAGUUUACUUGGUGCAGAUGUGUAUGCAUAUUUGUCAUGCAAGAUGUACGUAGGUGAAUGAUUUUGGUUUUCACCCAUUUUUUAUACUUAAAGUAGUAUAUUUGUCUUUGCCAAAUAUUGAAUUCUUUGAAAUUGUGAGUUGUAUGAGAAGAAUGAAUGAAUAUCUUGGGUCUGCUUCAACAUCGCUCCACUCAUACGGGACCCGUAUGCUUCCACAUGCCACUGGGUCCUUAGUUUCUGGACUGAUUUCAGAGAAACUAUGUUCUAGGGCAAUUCUAUGGAAAAUUACAUUUUUUGUAACAUCCAUAACGCCAAUAAAAUGUGAUG